UAUGUGCAACUGGGUAUGUGCCACCCUUCAACGAAAGUCUUAUACCCUGACUUGAAUCACUAGCUAAGGGUAACUGGAUAUGUGCAGCUCAAUCUUCAACGAACCUCUUUGAUGCAAACUUGGGUUACUGGAUAUGAGCCACUGGUUAUGCGCCGCUCUUCAUUUAACCUCUUUGAUGUCACUUUGAGCUGCUAGGUAUGUGCAAUUGGGUAUGUGCCACCCUUCAACGAAAGUCUUAUACCCUGACUUGAAUCACUAGCUAAGGGUAACUGGAUAUGUGCAGCUCAAUCUUCAACGAACCUCUUUGACGCAAACUUAGGUCACAGGGUGUAAACCACUGGUUAUGUGCCACUCUUCAUUUAACCUCUUUGAUGUCACUUUGAGCUGCUAGGUAUGUGCAACUGGGUAUGUGCCACCCUUCAACGAAAGUCUUAUACCCUGACUUGAAUCACUAGCUAAGGGUAACUGGAUAUGUGCAGCUCAAGCUUCAACAAACCUCUUUGACGCAAACUUAGGUCACAGGGUGUAAACCACUGGUUAUGUGCCACUCUUCAUUUAACCUCUUUGAUGUCACUUUGAGCUGCUAGGUAUGUGCAACUGGGUAUGUGCCACCCUUCAACGAAAGUCUUAUACCCUGACUUGAAUCACUAGCUAAGGGUAACUGGAUAUGUGCAGCUCAAUCUUCAACGAACCUCUUUGACGCAAACUUUGGUCGCAGGGUAUAAACCACUGGUUAUGUGCCGCUCUUCAAUGACAAAAAAGAAACAUUCAAAUUUCUCCAGUGCUGGCAGAGUUGAACCCAUGUCAUAUAUGUUCAAACAACCUAGCAUGAGUAUAUAUUCAGAAGCGCUUUAUGUGGAGACUUCACUGUAGUCGCACUAGUUGGCGUAGUGUGUCUAGUGGAUAACACGAGAGAACAGCCCAACUGCAAACAUGCCUCAUACAUCGCAUGUUUUGGCAGUUGCAAUGCGGUGUGUCGAUGCAUUGCCUUAAUGUUAACUGCAGUAACAUUGAUGUUUAUCGUGAGGUGGGUUCUGCUGGAUAUUUUUUUUUUUUUUUUUUUUGUCAUCUAGGUCACCUUUCUCAAAUCUUGUCUAGUCGGGAAGCUUUGUAUCUUCCUACGUAUGUGUGCUAGUGACGGGAACAAUGGUGCUGAGUUCAUUAAUAUUAUUCCUAUCAUCUUAUAGACCCUACCUUUCUUUCCAUGGGAAUUUCUUUUUGAAAUGCAGCUAGCUGCUGCAUCCUGAAAACGUUAAGUUACCACUUGCCCUGCCCUGUCUGUGCCUUGACCCUGGGGACUAAGCUGUAUUCAGGAGAGUCUGCCUAGAGCUUAGUGUCACACAUACUGUCACACUAAUACAAACCUGUUGAGGUGCUUUAUUAAUGCGUAAAGUUUAAUGUUGAAUUGGCUCAACACCGCGUAUCCUUUGCAACCAUUCACCACAACUCAUCAGCUCGCUGGAUGCGUACUUUCUUUGGCAUACUCUUGUACCCAACACUUAUGCUAACCAGCAUAUUACUUAUGUGUAACUAAGCUGCGAAGUAAUAAAGUUAUGGUUUGCAUAAUAACCCUUUGUUAUGUACACAGAAAUUGCUUUAGCUAUGCUCUAAUUCACUGAAUGUCAUUCUUUUCAGGCGUGAUACAUGUUAACACUUAACGUCAUUGAUUCCUUUAUCUUUGUCCUCUUCAUAAUGUCAUUUCAGUCAUCCCAUGUGAAGUUCCAGGCCUUGUUGACAUCUUCAUCUCUCAUUAAACUCUCUCUCACUUAACUAUAAAUGUUUGUUGAUACCUAGAAAAUGUAAUUUUUGUCACCUUUAAAGUUUUAUACCUCUUUGAGAAACAUAUUACAUAAGGGGGAAGCAUAUGUAGAAAAAUCACUGCCCAAACACUCUGCACAGAUUGUUAACCAGCAAAGCUAAAAUGUGCAGCCCCAGUGUUUAUCACUGGGUUAAUCCCGACGGUUCAUUAAAUGACGGCUUGGUAGGCUGCCGGAUCCUCAGUACGCAGUUGCUGCUUGCACUCGACUACACGAGCCUGUUCUCGUGCCCGGGCUGCAGCAUCAGCACAGCGUAGACGAGCUCGUUCCCGGUUCUGCUCGUGGCGUUGCUGAUCAAAAGCUGCCUGCUCUUAAGGACGAUGAUGCUGCGGCGAUGCGGGCAGCUGGGCCGGCGCCAUGCAUCCAGCAGCCGUGUGCAUGAACACCGGGGCCCCUAUGCCAUGCUGAAUGAUGCAGACGUGGCCACUUUUGAGCGUCUGCUGGGACCAUCGGCUGUGCUCACCGACCCUGCAGACACUGAGGCCUUUAAUGUGGACUGGCUGCGCACCUGCCAUGGAUCGGGGGCUGCUGUCCUUCUUCCAAGUUCUACGGAGGAGGUGUCUGCAGUGUUGUCACACUGUCAUGGCCGCCGCUUGGCCAUCUGCCCACAGGGAGGCAACACAGGCCUGGUGGGUGGAAGCGUGCCCGUCUUUGACGAGCUGGUUCUCUCGACAGCACGCAUGGCCAAGGUGAACACCAUCGACCCCUUGUCUGGUGCAGUGUCAUGUGAGGCCGGCUGCGUGUUGGAGGCAUUGGACACGCAGGUAGGGGAGGAGGCAAUGCUUGCAGUUCCCCUCGACUUGGGUGCCAAGGGCUCCUGCCAGAUAGGAGGCAACGUGGCCACCAACGCCGGUGGCCUGAGGCUGCUUCGCUAUGGUCCCCUGCAUGGUUCCGUACUCGGACUGGAAGCGGUGCUGGCAGACGGCACCGUGCUGGACACCAUGCAGACAUUACGCAAGGACAACACAGGCCUGGACCUGAAGCAGCUGUUCAUUGGCUCUGAGGGCAUCCUGGGCAUAAUCACACGCAUUGCCAUCCAGUGCGUGCCUCGCCCAUCCUCUGUGUGCGUUGCUUUCCUCGGCUGUCCUAGCUUCAAGGCCACACUGCAGACUUUCCACAUGGCACGCCGGCAGCUGCCCGAGUUCCUCUCAUCCUUUGAGGUGAUGGACGCGGAGUCAAUGCGCUGCGUCCGAGACAACUUGCGCCUCCGGAUGCCCUUGGAAGGGGAGCACCCUUUCUAUCUGCUCAUUGAAGUGGCCGGCUCGAAUGACAACACCGUAGAAGAGAGCCUGCUGCAGUUUGUGGACAGCUGCAUGGGCCACUCUCAUGUCUCCGAUGGAACAAUGGCCAAGGAUUCAGCACGUGUCAAGGAAUUGUGGCGUCUGCGCGAGAGCAUCGGCGAAGCACUGCGUCAUGAUGGCUAUGUGUACAAGUACGACAUCUCGGUGCCACUGGCCUCAUAUAUGGAUGCGGUGGCUCUGGUACGCGAGAAGGUGCGAGACACCAGUGCCAUACGUGUGUGUGGCUUUGGGCACAUGGGUGACUCCAACUUGCACCUGAACGUUACUGCCGCUGGCUGGGACGAGGCACUGCUGACACGCAUUGAGCCAUUCGUCUACGAGUGGACAGCUUCUGUGCGGGGGAGCAUCAGCGCCGAGCAUGGAAUUGGUCUGCACAAGAAACGGCACCUGCACCUGUGCAAGACGCCUGCUGCCCUGGGGGCAAUGCACAGCCUCAAAAGGACGUUCGACCCUCUAGGAAUUCUUAACCCAUACAAGAUGCUGCCUACUUUGUGACUCUGCUGUGGUAGGCAUGGCAUUGCUGUGAAAUAGAGGCCUCAGAUUAACAUUUCUUGGAGAAGACAGUGUUAUGUACGUCACAAAUGUUUACGUGCAUAAUGAACAGUGCAAGAAAGAUGGGGACUAAGAAAAGAAAUGGACAUGACAGGCACUGCAUGUCCGUUUUAUACCUAGUGCUUACCCUCUAUCUUUGUGCAAUAGGUUCUUUUGUCGUAUUAUUAUGCAAAGGUGCUUCCUUUUUAAGCCUGUUGCACAAGUAUGUGGAGAUAUAUUUAAACCUCGAUAUGAUGAGCUUCAAUAUAACAAAGUUCUCUAUAUAAAGAAAUAUAACUUUUCACAACUUCUUGUCUAUAGGGCACCAUGUAUUUUGAAGCCCAAUAUAACGAAGUGUGUUUAUACAUGGUUUCAAUGUAACGAAAUUUCACUGCUGCCACUAAGAAAUACCAAGGAAAUCAAUGGGAACUGCCACAGCUGCAGAUGGUCGAAUGGUUGAAUUACAUGAUGUUGCCGCCAAACGCACCUCCCGAAGUGCCCGCCACGCAACAGAGAGCAGCUGUCGAAGUGGAUCUUAUGAACAUAAGCACUAAAUGCAAGACCGUGUUGUCAUCAUGUUUCUUGUAAAGUGCAAUAAGAUCCAAUAAGCGGAUUUGCCUCAAUUUCUUCGGCAUGACAUGUGCACACAAUGUUCAUUUAUUUAUUUAUUUAUUUAAAAUAUCUUAAAGCCCCAUUUAAGGGCACUGAAUAAGGGAGGCUACAAGGUAAGUAUUUCUGCAGGAGUAAUGAAUAUAAAUAUGAAUACAGGUAGUCACAGGAUACGAAAAACAUCGUUCAAAUAUGUUUGUCCAGGGUAAGCUUUAGGCAGCGUAAUCACAAUAUAUUCCUACACACUAAAAUUAAAAUAACACAAGUACAAAUAACAAGGUAGCAAUGCAGGUAAAAAAAAAAAACAUCCUUAUACAAUGUUGCUACAAGCAGCUUUGCAAUUUUUCCCGAAAGGCAUCGCGAUUCAUGAUUUGUUAAGCACACAAUGUUAUCAGGAAGACUAUUCCAUGCUGUUAUGACACAUGGCAUUGCUGAUGCAUUAAAUGACAGUGUAUUGCCAAAGAUGCACGUGAAA